AUGGCGAAAACUAAAGCAACCGCGACCACUGCUGCCAAGCCAGCAGAACGAGCUCCGAGCAAGCGUGUCAGAGACAACGCCCUCAAAAAGGAGGCCGAAGCCGCCGAGGCUGCAAAGAAAGCUACUGCAGAGGCGAAGAAGAAGGCUGCCGCAGAUGAGAAGGAGAAUGCGGCCGCAAAGAAGAAGACGACUAAGACAUCUGUCAAAGAUGCAGCACAGCCGACGAAAGUGGUGAAAAAGAAGAAGAAGGACGAGCCAAAGCCCACCAAAAGUACAGGGAGGAAGAGGCCGGCAAAAGCGGAAUCCGAGCCUGAAAAGAAGCCUGGACCAAAAGGCAGAAAGAAGAAGAACGACGAUGCCGAUGAGACCGAGGAGGCUCCCGCUCUCACAAAGGAGACGAAGAAGAAGAAGCCUGCUACUAAGGUCAAACCUACAAAGGCUGCCGCUGCUCCGAGGAAGCCUGCUGCUAGGAAGACCAAAGCCGACCCUCCCGCUCCAGCAGUAGGACCAGAAGAGAAGAAGCCGACUACUCGCAAGCCACCGAGAGAGCGUGGUCCUCUGGCUCCCAAGUCGACCAAAGUGACCAAGAAGACGAAGGCCACAACUGCUGCCUCUAAUAGCAGAAAGGGCGCCACCGCCAGGUCUCCAACGAAGUCUGCUUCACCAGAGAAGAGGACUAGUCAGGAUUCUCUGCCCAGAGGUUCCUCGGGACGUCAAGCUUCUCCAGAGAAGAGGACGAGCCAGGAGUCUGUGAGGUCUAACCCGGGACCAAACGCUUCGCCUGCGAAGAGGAGCAGUCAUACCUCGGGCUCUUCAGCGCACUCGGCACGUCAGGCUUCGCCAGAGAAGAGGACCAGCCAGGAAUCUGCUCCGAGGUCUCAUGCAGGAUCUCAUGCUUCGCCAGAGAAGAGGAACAGCAAUCACUCGUCCACGCACUCUGGUCGCCAAGCUUCACCAGAAAAGCGUAACAGUAAUGAUACGGUGCAGUCGCACUCUGGUCGUCAAGGUUCUCCUGAAAAGAGGAACAGCAACAACUCCACGCAUUCCGGUCGUCAAGGUUCGCCAGAAAAGAGGAACAGUAAUAACUCUGGCUCCGGACGCCAAGGUUCGCCAGAAAAGAGGACGAGCCAAGAGUCUGCCGCCGUCAAGAGGGAGUCGAAUUCGUCGAACCACAGUGCGAAGAGUAAGACUAAGAGUCCCGUCAAGGAAGGAGCGGCUAUGAUGUUGCAGGGUAGCGUAUGGGCUAUGAGGGAUGGAGUGAAUCAGGUGGCGAAGAAAGUUCAGAAUGCCACGGCGUCUGAUUCUUCGAACUCUUCGGAUUAA